AUGGAAGGUUCAGAGAAUGAGCAUGACCAUUCUCCAUGGGCAGAUGCGCAAGAGAAAACCAUCGAUUGGACACGAUAUCCUCAUAAAGUCCGACAAUCUGCUUGGAUCGACUUCAUCAAGACGUACCCAUUCGAGAAGACUUACCUCGGGCCCAUGUCGCGAUGGCCAGACGAGCUGAGACGGCUGGCGGUGCAGAUCAUGUCGUCUCCUGCGCCGCGAAUGGUGUAUUGGGGCAGCGAUCAGGCUAUCCUAUAUAACGAAGCAGCAUCCGCACUGCUUGGUUCGAAACAUCCGACUUUUGCCUUGGGCAACCGUUUCAUCGAUGUCUGGGGCCCCGAAAUACACGACAAACACAUGAAGAUGAUAAGAGCUGCUAUAAAUCGAGGCCAAGUGGCCGAAGCCAAAGAGAUGGAAGCUGUCCUGGAGCGUAACGGUUUCAUCGAGGAAACGUACUGGGAUGUUGUUCUGCAGCCUUGCACCGGCCCAGAGGGCCACAUGGUGGCUGUGUUGAACACAUACCAAGAGUCCACAUCUCACGUGUUCCAGAACCAGCGGCGGAAACUUAUCGACAAGGUCCAAGCUAUCAUACCUGCAGUUGACAACUUCCCUGAUCUCUGGACAUCUCUAGCCACAGAGAUGCGGAGCAACCACGAUGCAGCAUACUCGCUCAUUUACACAGCAGUCAACCAACCUGUUGAGUCGGGUCAUGCACAUGCCAUUGAAAGAGUGGAUACUUUCCAACUGGAGCUUCAGAUUACAUCGGGAGUCGCGUCGCAGACCUUCGAGACUAUUGUUCACGCCGGUGAGCGGUUCCACAGACCUUCUCUAGGGCCCGUAUUUGCAGAAGCUCGCAGAACUCAGCAAGUGGUUGUGCUACAGGAUAGGUAUGAUAGUCUUCCACCAGAGCUGGCACUUCUCAUACCGGAUCGAGGAUUUGUGACAACAGCUUGUGUCCUACCCAUAACAAGUGUGUCUGGCCAGCAAAUUGCCUUCAUCGUUCUCGGCAUGAACCCGCGAAGGAUAUUCAACGACGAGUCACGUGUCUUCAUCAGCCAUAUGGGUGAUUUGAUAUCCAAAGCUGCUGCUCUGAUCUCUCUUCCGGAAGAACAGAGACGGGAUCAAGAGAAAUAUGAACAGAUCAACUUCGCACUUUCACAAAAAUUGCAAAUUAUUGCUCUGAAAGCCGAGAAGAACGAGGAAACGUUUACCCGCAUGGCUCAAGAUGCACCUUUCGGAAUGUACAUGUUUGACUGUGACGGCAAUCCGAAGUAUGUCAACGACGCAUAUCUUAGUCUGAUCGGACUGGAACGGGAUGUGUUCGAGCAGGCAGCGUCUCGUGGACUUGCAUGGAGCGACACUAUCUAUGAAGAGGAUAUCGAACUUGCAACACAGAUCUGGGCUCGACUCAAAGAUUCAAAGACGCCCCAGACCUUUGAAUACAGAGUCAAAAUACCACCUACCAAAGCUGGCGAGCAGCCUGGUAUCCGGGCUCUUGAAACUAUCUCAUUCCCCGAAGUCGAUGAGAGUGGUCGCAUCAUUACGAUACAAGGUUGGCUCAUGGACGUAUCUCCUCGCAAACGUCUUGAAGCCCUCAUGGCACAACGUUUGGAAGAUGCGCUGGAGACCAGGCGAGCGUCAGAGAAUUUUAUCGAUAUGGUUUCACAUGAAAUGCGAAAUCCGCUGUCAGCUAUUCUCCAGCUUGCGGAUGGUAUUCUUGGGUCGCUGGAUACUGCUCCGUCGCAAAAUCCCGUAACUUUGCCAGCUGAUACGAUCAACAUGAUGGUAGAUGCAGCUCAAACUAUCACACUUUGUGCUCAACACCAAAAAUGCAUUGUUGACGACAUCUUAACCCUAUCUAAACUGGACUCUUCGCUCCUGGUCAUAACUCCUGAUCGUGUCCAUCCCCCAACACUCAUAGAAAAGUCUCUUAAGAUGUACGAUGCCGAGCUCGCGAGGGCGGACAUCCAAGCCAAGUUGGUAGUUGAGCAGAGCUACCUCGAUGCUAAACUCAACUAUUGCAUGCUUGAUCCGAGCAGAGUGCUACAAGUCAUCAUCAAUCUGUUGACGAACGGAAUCAAGUUUACUCGAGAUUGUCCGAUACGCAAGCUUACAGUAUACUUGUCAGCCUUCGAGAAGCCGCCUAUAGGCGGUCAGCGCCGUGUGACAUUCAUCGAACCUCGCCCGCGACAGUCAAGUCUUUCUACCUCACCAGAGUGGGGUCCCGGAGGAGAAGUCUACAUUCAAUUCGCAGUGCAGGACACUGGUAAAGGCUUGACCGAGGAUGAGAUGAAACUCCUUUGGCAACGCUUCAGUCAAGCCAACCCAAAGACCUACAAGCAAUACGGAGGAAGCGGUCUCGGCCUGUUCAUCUCCCGCGAGCUGACAGAAUUACAAGGAGGCCAGAUUGGUGUCCACAGCGAAGCAGGUGUCGGAAGUAUCUUCAUGUUCUACAUCAAAGCCAGGCGCUGCGUUGACGAGCCAAAGAGUCGCCAAACAAGCUUCUCCGCUCCUACCGUCACUAGCCCGGUUAUCCUUCCACACACAGCCUCGGCGGCGAGGAGAGCAAAUGUCAGCGAAGGGUCUGUACACACUCUAUCGUCAUCAACAUCGGUCAUUCCCCCCAAGGAUAUCCAUAUACUGAUCGUCGAAGAUAACGCAAUUAAUCAACGGGUCAUGUCACAACAACUUCGCAAGCUAGGAUGCAUCGUACAUACGGCCGAUCAUGGUCAAGAUUGCCUCGACUUCUUAAAUACAACAGUUUUCACGCCAAAUUCAGACAACGUUCCCCUCUCCAUAAUCCUCAUGGACCUGGAGAUGCCCGUGAUGGACGGAUUGACUUGCGUGCGAUGGAUCAGGGAGUACGAGGCUACGGGACAAGUCAGCAGCCAUGUCCCAGUUAUCGCCAUCACUGCCAAUGCUCGCAGUGAGCAAAUCAACAUUGCAAUGGAGGCUGGUAUGGAUACUGUGGUGACCAAGCCUUUCCGCAUUCCGGAUCUGGUGCCUCGGAUGCAGUCCUUGUUGGCGGAGUAUCGAGCGAGGUGA